AUGUCGAGCGUCACAGCCACUCGAGUACGGGCAUUCAAUGCUCUCCGUCGGCCUGAGUUUGGACUGGGCGAUAUUCCAAACCACUACCACUUCUCUGUGAGAUCGCUGCCUAUGGUUCCAGGCAACGCCGUCUUCCUCGCCAAUCCAUUCAACGGCCACAGACAUUGCGAGGGCCGCACCCGCAUCACACCUCUCACCCUCGAAGCACAGGCCAAUGUCAUCGUUCCACUACUACUUGAAUCGUUCGUCACGCGAUUCGAUUCUGAUCACCAGCUUCACUUCGUCAUGGACGACGGUAUAACUCCCUGGGCACCAUGGAGUUGGAGUACUACUGACGAAGGCCUCGCCCGGGCUGUCUCCGACCGACUUGCGGCUGUGGGCGUCCGACCUGAAUUAUGUACCGUGUCUGUCGCUUCAGUAGAGGAGACCCAGGCAGCUAAUCUUUCUUGGCGCGGGUUCUAUGGCGAGGUUUCGGCGGCCAUGGCGGGGAUUCCGGAGGAUCAGCUUGCUGGAAGCAUCACUACCUGCUGCGGUGUUUGUGGGUUUACACCUUCUUUGGAUCUAUCUUUGUUGCGCUGUGGUCGGUGCAAGCAGACUACCUAUUGUUCGAAGGCUUGCCAGAAGGCAGAUUGGUCCUCGCACAAGGUCGGCUGCAAGGCGCCUGCUGCCUAA